AUGGGCGAAAUCCUGCUCGAGGCCAACCGUUGGCUUGAGUCUCUCCAUGCCAUCCAGUCAGACCGCCACGGAAUGAAUCAUCCCGCCCGGCCUCGUCCGGUAGAUCCAUCCAUCGCGACCAGCCUCCCAAUCCGACGGUCCACCGGCGACUGGGCAACUGUCCUGGUGCCUCGUCUCGGAUUCUUCCGCCAUAACUAG